UCUCCCGGAGGAGGCUCACCCCACGGUGGCACGGCGAGAGGGAGAAGAGGAAGGGGGAGAAGCAAAGAGAGAGGAAGGAUGGGAGAAGGGCUCGGCCGGAGGUGAAAGAAGAAGAAAGAAAGGGGCUAGGGCUUCCGAGGGAGACGGAGGGGGGGAGAGAGAGAGGAGAAUGGAGACGAAGAGGCGAGAAAUCACUUGUACUACUAAAAAAUGGAAAGUUUACGGACAAUCCACUGUUGCCUCUUCCUAAGAAGGCCAAGAAGAUCCUUGUAGCUGGGAGCCAUGCCGACAACUUGGGCUGUCAGUGUGGAGGAUGGACUAUCACUUGGCAAGGACGCAGUGGGAACAAUCUAACAAUUGGAACCACAAUCCUUGAUAACAUCAAGGCCAAUGUUGAUACCACCACCAAGGUUGUCUACUCUGGAAAAUUAUCGAAGUGGAAUCUAGAUUAAGCUACAAGACCUAACAAGUGUUCACGUAUGAGAAGAAAAACACAAGAAACAAUGCACUUUUCUAUUUUUCCUUUUUUUAUUGAGGUUAACAAGAAAUGUUACUAACAUCUCUUUUCUUUGUUAGAAUCAUAAAGCAUAAAUUCGACUGUCUAACAAAUAUUUGUCCUUUACAUAAUCAAACAAAUAGAUCUGAUUUUUCUUUUCCCCCUUUAAUGGUAAAACACCAAAAAUACUGUGUUCAACAAGAAUGUCAAAUAUAGGAGAUAGUAGAUAUGAUACUACCAUAAAGUUUUCCUCAUAAUAAAAAAGAAAGAUAGUACCAUAAACUAGAAAGCAUGAAAAAAAUAAUUAGCUGUCACUUCAAAUACUUACUAGAAGCCCUAAUUGUGAGAGAAACUUGAAUACGAAGAGCAUUUUAAGCCCUUUCAAUCUAAUUAUUUCAACACAAAUUUCUUAUCUUAUUUCAGACUAUAAACAUGCAGCGAAGGGGAAAAAUAUAUAAGACCGCCUGUUGCUUUCGCAUUCAAAUGAAAAAUAAAAAUGUAAGGACUCGCAGGCCUGAAUGAGGUGAAGGUUAGUAGGGUCUUCUCGUGGGUUGCUCAAAAAACAAAAAGAAAAAAGAAAAAAACUAAGGUGGUUCAUAGGAGGAGGCUUGCAGGUUUACUUUCCAUGUCAAUUGCCCAGUGAUUUGUCAUUUAACUAUAACUAGUCUAUGCACAAGGUUGACACAGUGGCAGUUCACUUAAUAUCCUGCAUGCACACAUAUGGCAGCAGAUAUCAGGAGGUAUUCCCAUAGACUGUAGGAGUGACAUCAUUGUUGAUUUCUGAACCAAUUCGGCCAAAGAUUGAAAAGUCAGCUAUAUCUUUUUAUAUGAUUCGUGAGUGCCAUUAAUUAUUGGAAACUAUUCACAAAUCACAAUCAGCACAACAUUCUAGAAUGGGGCUGUCUCGUAAAAAUAUCAGCUCAAUGUGCUACAGAUGGCCCUGUCCAGAUUGGGUUGAAAAGUUUUUGUUCACAUGAAACAGACAUCCUUCUAACAUUCUAGUUUUCUCUAACUGUUCCACUAUCAUAUCUAAAUAUUAUGGCGUCAUAAAUGCAAAAGAUCUUAACAUUAGCAUUUCUUAUUCGUCAGUGUCCAAAGUUCCUCAUAGUUGUAUGGCCUCAUCUAGCAUAUAUCGGUAGAGCCAAAUUUGUCAUUUUCUUUGUUGUUCAAUUUAAAGCCCUUCUUGGGUCCUAAAUCUUAGAUACAUAUACCAGCUUGUAGCAAACCAGUGUCCUUUUAGCCUAAAUGGCUUCUCCCCUCUGUUUCAAUGGUGAAACAGAGGGAGAAAAGAAAGGAGAUGCCGAGCCCAACCAGGCCCAUCCCAGGCCCAGUGGCCAAUCCGGGCCGAGCCCAGACCGAGCCCAUCUGGGCUCGGCCUGCAGGCACCCAGGGCACCGCAGGCUCAGCCGCAGUCGCCCUAGGGUACCCCGACGCGGCCGCAGGGCCGUCAGGCCCUGGCAGAGUCCACCUCCCUCCGGGGAGGAGGUGGUGGCGCCACCCACAGAGAGAGAAGUUGAAAAAAAAAUAAAGAAAGAAAAAGAGGGGGAAAAAAAGGGAGGAUCGUACCUGGGUCUCUCGCGCCUCCUCUCGGUCACGGUGGUUCUCCUCCUCCGCCAUGGCCGGAUCGAGGUAAGGGAGGUCCCCGGAGACAAACUCACUCCGGCAUCACUUCGGAGGAAGUUUAGCCCCUCCCUCUCCCACUGCUCCCACCCUGGAGAAGGGCACCCCUCGGCCGCAGUCGCCGGAGCGGCUGCAGGCCGAGGAAGCGUCGGCCUCCUCAGGGGAGCUCCCAGGGUCGUCGGCCUCCUCAGGGGAGCUCGACCCACCUCGAGGACCCCGUUCGACUCGUCCGGCACCACUUCGGAGGAGGUCCAGGGCCUUCCCUUCUGCCGCUCCGAGGUGGGAGCAUCUCCCGGAGGAGGCUCACCCCACGGUGGCACGGCGAGAGGGAGAAGAGGAAGGGGGGAAGCAAAGAGAGAGGAAGGAUGGGAGAAGGGCUCGGCCGGAGGUAAAAGAAGAAGAAAGAAAGGGGAUAGGGCUCCCGGUGGAGACGGAGGGGGGAGAGAGAGAGGAGAAUGGAGACGAAGAGGCGAGAAAUCACUUGUACUACUAAAAAAUGGAAAGUUUACGGACAAUCCACUGUUGCCUCUUCCUAAGAAGGCCAAGAAGAUCCUUGUAGCUGGGAGCCAUGCCGACAACUUAGGCUGUCAGUGUGGAGGAUGGACUAUCACUUGGCAAGGACGCAGUGGGAACAAUCUAACAAUUGGUAAACAUUCUAAACACCUUAGAUUGACUUUGUUUCUUAUUUCAGACAUAGCAGAGCAUGGUAAUGUUUUGAACUUCGAGCGAUCCUUUGCAACAGGAACCACAAUCCUUGAUGCCAUCAAGGCCAUUGUUGACACCACCACCAAGGUUGUCUACUCUGGAAAAUUAUCGAAGUGGAAUCUAGAUUAAGCUACAAGACCUAACAAGUGUUCACGUAUGAGAAGGAAAACACAAGCAACAGUGCACUUUUCUAUUUUUUUCUUUUUUUAUUGAGGUCAACAAGAAAUGUUACUAACAACUCUUUUCUUCGUUAGAAUCGUAAAGUAUAAAUUCGACUAUCUAACAAAUGUUUGUCCUUUACAUAAUCAAACAAAUAGAUCUGAUUUUUCUUUUCCCCCUUUAAUGGUAAAACACCAAAAAUACUGUGUUCAACAAGAAUGUCAAAUAUAGGAGAUAGUAGAUAUGAUACUACCAUAAAGUUUUCCUCAUAAUAAAAAAAGAAAGAUAGUACCAUAAACUAGAAAGCAUGAAAAAAAUAAUUAGCUGUCACUUCAAAUACUUACUAGAAGCCCUAAUUGUGAGAGAAACUUGAAUACGAAGAGCAUUUUAAGCCCUUUCAAUCUAAUUAUUUCAACACAAAUUUCUUAUCUUAUUUCAGACUAUAAACAUGCAGCGAAGGGAAAAAUAUAUAAGACCGCCUGUUGCUUUCGCAUUCAAAUGAAAAAUAAAAAUGUAAGGACUCGCAGGCCUGAAUGAGGUGAAGGUUAGUAGGGUCUUCUCGUGGGUUGCUCAAAAAACAAAAAGAAAAAAGAAAAAAACUAAGGUGGUUCAUAGGAGGAGGCUUGCAGGUUUACUUUCCAUGUCAAUUGCCCAGUGAUUUGUCAUUUAACUAUAACUAGUCUAUGCACAAGGUUGACACAGUGGCAGUUCACUUAAUAUCCUGCAUGCACACAUAUGGCAGCAGAUAUCAGGAGGUAUUCCCAUAGACUGUAGGAGUGACAUCAUUGUUGAUUUCUGAACCAAUUCGGCCAAAGA